AUGCCGAGUGAAGAAGAAGAAUGUCCGUGUCGCCGCUUUCGCUGCUUCCUUCUACAGAAAACCUCGGAGACCGCGAAUGCCCAUGCCCAGGCGAAACGGCCUGUUCGUUCCAGUGCCCGGCUCGCGCUCAGCUUCCGGCUGCGUCGGGGCGAGUGCUGCGCGCGAUCCGAUGGCCACGGUGCAUCGCCGUCGCAUCGACGUGCUUGCUGGCCGUGCAGUUCACUCUGCUCGUCGGCUUCUUCCUCCUGCCCAGGGCCAAGCCUCCGACGUCGCAGCCGCCUCCCAGCGACGAGCGCGCUCACCAGUCCCACAGCUGCCACCAGCCGGAGGAGAAGAAGAACCGUCUCAGGUCACCAAUCUAUGGACCGAGUCAGCGACUACCGCAGCCUGGCACUCGCUUCGCCCGAUGCUAGCAGCCGCAUACUAGAGCAAGGGCAGAACAACAUCGAUGCCCUCAGCCAAGUGUCCGACGGCACGCUGCACCGAAGCUCACCAAGCAACAACAUAAAUGACAUCAACAGCCCUCGAUCAGCAGCCGUCGCACCCCAAUAACCUUCAGCGUACCCCAAGCCACAUGAAAAAGGAGCAAAGAGGCCCAGAACGGACCCCAUCACCGAACUUGGGCUCAAAGUCAGAGGUCAGGACACUACUCUGAUUCGCCGAGCGUCUAUACAGUGCGCUUGCAGAGCACAUUCGAGUCCAUCGACAGUGAUGUCUCCUUGGUCGGUCGGCUGUCCGACAUCCCCCCGCCGCCUGCGCCUACCAGUCCCAGGCCUUCUUUGGAGACCUGCCCGACAUGAGCCAGCAUUCUUCGUCUGACAACGGCUAUGAUCAGCGACCUCUACUCGUCGCGCCAUUGUUGGGAAACUACUAGGCCACGUCCCUGGCGCACGUCAUGCAGGGCUUUGCCAGGGACUAUGCCUCGUCCUCGCCGGAGAUUCCUUGCUACGGCGCGAACCAGCAGCGGAAUUAUGGCUCUGGCCGUCGCAAGCACAUCACGUUGGCUUCAACGGGCCUCCCUACACUCGCUCAAGAUGUUGUAUUAGGCCACCCUGGCUCAGAAGCUAGAGGACCCCACGACGAACUUCUCUUCGUACCAGGAACGGUUGCUGACAGCUUGGACUGCGGGGACACGACGCCGACGCUUCCGGGCUUGUUGCACGGUCCCAUCGAGAGCAACCCCGUGGAGAUGGCGGUGCUGGGCGCUGAAAAAUACGUGAACAGGAUUCGUCCAGACGCCAUGAUGACUACACCUUUGUAUCCGAGAUUGCAGCAUCCGCGGCGAUACAGCGUCAGCACGUACUCUUAACCGAAGUGGUGUGUUUGAUUGUUACGUGCAUGUGCAGGUGGGCAGUGCGGGCCUUUUCUUUUUGCCUGAUUAGGAAUUUGACACUUGCGAGAGACAAACUGUGUGUUCCCAGCCCGUGUACCCGUCUACGAGGGCACUUUUCAGUGUCUCAGAGGAAAGCAGGCAUAAAAGAGAAAGACGCUGGUUCUGUGAAUCCUAAGCAUCACAAUAGUCAAGGGAGGAGUGCGAGUCGCUGGCGAGAGCGAAAUUGGCGCAGCUGUUCUUGCCAACCGCCUGUGAUUGGAGCUAGGGCACGGAGGUCUCUCGACUCAGUUUAAAGAAUAAAAUGACGAGAGACUGAGUGGUAUUUUUGCUGUGAAGUCGCGACGAAUUGACGGCCUUCUACAUUUCUGUCAAUUAUUUGCUGUAAGUACAAUGCGAAUCCAGACUUUUGUUCUUGUACUUAAAUGGCCUUGUUUUGUGUUGUGUAUAUUUGUUCCUCUUGAAAAAUACCGCAAGUGAACCCACCAUAAAGCUCUUUUUUUGUUGUGGAUGUUCACUAAUUAAGGCGUGAGAGAGCUAUUUUCGCAGUUUCGUAAGUCACUCGUGUCACCAAAUCGCUGACAGUGUUGUACACGGUAUGACGGAACAACCAUUGGCCGCACAAAAUAUAUUUGCUUGCUGCCAUCUUUGAGCAUACAUGCCUGGCUUGCAACGCAUGACCAGUCAAUUUAGCUGUCGCCGAUGUCUUACGAGAUGCAUUUCUGGAAGCAAAAGG